AUGGGCGACUGGUGGGGAGGGGGGAGGGGGACGGCAAGCCCCGCGUCCCCGGCUGUCCCCGGCUGUCCCCAGCUGUCCCCCGGCCGUGGAGGGGCCGGGCCUAGCGGGGGAGGACAGCCCCUCGCCAUCGGCCGGGGCUUGCCCUCAAACUCACCCUGCAACUUUCCCAUAACCUGCUGCCCCCCAACCCUCUCCUUCCAUCCCUGCUGCCCCUCAACUUCUCUGCCUUCUCUAAUCUGCUGCCCCCCAACUCUCUGUCCCCAGGACCUCAAGGGUCAGUACUGGACGGACGAUGACUCCGACGGGGACAACGAGUCUGAGGAGUUCCUCUAUGGCGUCCAGGGGACCUGUGCCGCCGACCUGUACCGCCACCCGCAGCUGGACGCCGACAUCGAGGCCGUGAAGGAGAUCUACAGCGAGAAUGCCGUGGCCGUCAGGGAGUAUGGGACCAUCGAUGACGUGGACAUCGACCUCCACGUGAACAUCAGCUUCCUCGAUGAGGAGGUGGCGACAGCGUGGAAGGUGCUGCGGACGGAGCCCAUCGUCCUCCGCCUGCGCUUCUCCCUCUCCCAGUACCUCGAUGGCCCCGAACCGUCCAUCGAGGUUUUCCAGCCGUCCAACAAGGAGGGCUUCGGGCUGGGCCUGCAGCUAAAGAAGAUCCUGGGCAUGUUCACAUCCCAACAAUGGAAGCACCUCAGCAACGAUUUCCUGAAGACCCAGCAGGAGAAGCGGCACAGCUGGUUCAAGACGAGUGGCACCAUCAAGAAGUUCCGUGCUGGCCUCAGCAUCUUCUCCCCCAUCCCCAAGUCUCCCAGCUUCCCUGUCAUCCAGGACUCGGUGCUGAAGGGCAAGCUGGGCGUGCCCGAGGCUCGUGCCAACCGCCUGAUGAACCGCUCCGUCUCCUGCACUGUCAAGAACCCCAAGGUGGAGGUUUUUGGCUACCCCCCGGCCGGCACCCAGGCAGGUGUCGCCCCCUUCAAUAUCCUGGUCGGCGGCCACUGCAAGAACAUCCCCACGCUGGAGUAUGGCUUCCUUGUCCAGAUGAUGAAGUACGCGGAGCAGCGGAUCCCGACGCUCAACGAGUACUGCGUGGUGUGUGACGAGCAGCACGUCUUCCAGAACGGCUCCAUGCUCAAGCCGGCAGUCUGCACCCGGGAGCUCUGCGUCUUCUCCUUCUACACCCUGGGGGUCAUGUCCGGCGCGGCGGAGGAGGUGGCUACGGGCGCUGAGGUGGUGGACCUGCUGGUGGCCAUGUGCCGCGCUGCCCUGGAGUCCCCUCGCAAGAGCAUCAUCUUUGAGCCUUACCCCUCCGUGGUGGACCCCAACGACCCCAAGACACUUGCCUUCAACCCCAAGAAGAAGAACUACGAGCGGCUGCAGAAGGCCCUGGACAGUGUCAUGUCCAUCCGUGAGAUGACGCAGGGGUCCUACCUGGAGAUCAAGAAGCAGAUGGACAAGCUGGACCCCCUGGCCCAUCCCCUCCUGCAGUGGAUAAUUUCCAGCAACAGAUCCCACAUUGUCAAGCUGCCUCUCAGCAGGCAGCUGAAGUUCAUGCACACCUCGCACCAGUUCCUGCUGCUCAGCAGCCCCCCCGCCAAGGAGGCUCGGUUCCGCACCGCCAAGAAGCUCUACGGCAGCACCUUUGCUUUCCAUGGCUCUCACAUUGAGAACUGGCACUCCAUCCUCCGCAACGGGCUGGUCAACGCCUCCUACACCAAGCUGCAGCUGCAUGGAGCAGCCUAUGGCAAGGGCAUCUAUCUGAGCCCCAUCUCCAGUAUUUCCUUCGGAUACUCAGGGAUGGGCAAAGGGCAGCACCGGAUGCCUUCCAAGGAUGAGCUGGUGCAGAGGUACAACCGGAUGAACACGAUUCCCCAGAGCCGCUCGAUCCAGUCCCGCUUCCUCCAGAGCCGCAACCUCAACUGCAUCGCGCUGUGUGAAGUCAUCACCUCCAAGGACCUGCAGAAACAUGGCAACAUCUGGGUCUGCCCUGUCUCAGACCACGUCUGCACUCGCUUCUUCUUUGUGUAUGAGGAUGGCCAAGUGGGAGACGCCAAUAUCAAUACUCAGGACCCCAAAAUCCAGAAGGAGAUCAUGCGCGUGAUCGGCACUCAGGUGUACACAAACUGA